AAAGAAGAAGAAGAAGAAGAGGGGAAAUGGUGAAGUUUUCACGGGAGUUGGAGGCGCAAAUGAUCCCCGAGUGGAAGGACGCCUUCGUCGACUACCGGCAACUCAAGAAGCACGUCAAAAAGAUCAAGCUCGCCCUCCUCCGUUCUUCCCUCCCUUCCUCCUCCUCCCCCGAUGGCAACCCCGACGGCGUCGCUGGCUGCUGCGACAGCGGCUAUGGCUUGUUUCUCUUGGACUCCGCUCGCGCAUUCGCCGCCCGCUUUUACGCCUGCCGCGAUGACCAUCAUCUUCCGGCCGAUGAGGAGAAUCUCUUCGAAAUGGUUCUCGUCCAAUCCAGAGAAGAUGAGGUGAAGGAGUUUCUCGAGAAGUCGGAGCAGGAGUUGAAGAAGGUGAACGCUUUCUACGCCAACAAAGAGAAGGAGUUCUGCGAGCGGAGCGAGAUACUGAGGAAGCAACUCCGGAUCCUCAUAGACCUCAAACAGCUCCUCCACGAGCAUCGCUGCAGCCGCCACCAAUGCAGCGUCCCGCCCUCCUCCGGCGGCGGCAGCGUGACGUCUCUCCUUAGCGACGCCUCCUCCGUGUCCGUGGGAAAUCCCGAGAGCCCAGCGGCGGGAGCAGAGGAGCGGGACAGCCUGACUGAAGAGGUGAUAUCGACGCUAGAGAGGAACGGCGUGAGCUUUGUCGGUUUGGGGAAGGCGAAGGCGAAGAAGUCCGCGAAGCCGAGGGCGGCGACGUCGCUAAGGAUCGAUAUCCCGGCGACGACACCGGCCCGGGCCAUAUCGAUGAUGUGGGAGGACCUCGUCAACAGCUCCCGGAAGGAGGACUCCGGCGGCGGGGAUUACCUCAACCGGAAGAAGCUCCAGCGCGCUGAGAAGAUGAUCAGGGAGGCGUUCGUGCAGCUCUACCGAGGGCUGGCCCUGCUCGGCACAUACAGCUCCUUGAACAUGGAGGCCUUCAGGAAGAUCCUCAAGAAGUUCGAAAAGGUGUCGAACCAUCUGCAAGAAUCGGCCGCGUUCUCGAGCAAGGUUAAGAGGUCGCACUUCAUCAGCUCGGAUAAGGGUCUCGUGCAGGUGAUGAAGUUGGUGGACGAGGUGGAAUCCAUAUUCACAAAACACUUUGCUGGUAGUGACAGGAAAAAGGCCAUGAAGUUCCUGAGACCUCAGCAGCCCAAGGAGUCCCACACUAUCACCUUCUUCGCGGGCCUCUUCACAGGCAGCUUUGUGACUCUAUUCACUGUAUACGCAAUCUUGGCUCAUUUUUGUGGCAUCUUUUCUUCCACCGAUGGUGAAGCCGGUUAUAUGCAAACCGUGUACCCUGUUUUCAGCAUGUUUGCGCUCCUUAGCCUGCACAUAUUCUUGUAUGGCUGCAACAUAUUCGCGUGGAGAGGCACCAGAAUAAACCACAACUUCAUAUUCGAGUUCUCGCCAAACACAGCUCUAAAGCGACGGGAUGCCUUUCUCAUCAGCGCCUCCUUGAUGACCGCGGUCGUCAGUGCUCUGGUCGUCCACCUCCUCCUUCGAUCUGCUGGGGUUUCCCAGAAGCACGUUGAUGCCAUACCCGGAGCUCUCCUGCUGGUAUUCACGGGCCUGCUCUUCUGCCCAUUCAACGUCUUCUACCGCUCGACGCGAUAUUGCUUCAUCCGAGUGAUGCGCAACAUCGCGUUGUCGCCCUUCUACAAAGUACUGAUGGUCGACUUCUUCAUGGCCGACCAGCUAACCAGCCAGAUUCCACUGCUAAGGCACAUGGAACUCACUGCGUGCUACUUCAUGGCGGCCGCAUUCAAAGUGCACCCUUACGAGACGUGUACUCGCGCCCAACAGUACAAGCUGUUGGUCUACGUUAUCUCCUUCCUUCCUUAUUAUUGGCGUGCCAUGCAGUGCGUCAGGCGGUACAUCGAGGAGGGGCGCGACGUCAACCACCUGGCGAACGCCGGGAAGUACAUCUCGGCCAUGGUGGCGGCUGCAGCCAGGUUGAAGUAUGCGGUGGAGGCCACGCCCCUGUGGUUCGCCAUCGUCAUCGUCACGUCCACGGGGGCCACCUUCUACCAGCUCUUCUGGGACUUCGUCAAAGACUGGGGACUACUUGACCUCAGCUCCAAGAAUCUCCUCCUCAGAGACGAUCUCAUUCUAAAGAACAAAUGCGUCUACUACGCCUCCAUGGGUUUGAACUCGGUGCUUAGGCUUGCUUGGAUCGGGAGCGUGAUGCCGCUAAGCCUGGGGCAGGUGGAGCAUCGAUUGCUGGAUUUCCUGCUGGCUUCGCUGGAGAUCGUCCGACGUGGGCAUUGGAACUUCUACAGGUUGGAGAAUGAGCACCUGAACAAUGUUGGCAAGUUCAGAGCUGUGAAGACCGUCCCACUACCUUUCUGUGAGUUGGUUUCGGAUGACUGAGGAGGAAUAGGGUUUAGGGAUUCGGAUGGUUUGGUCCUGAAGCAAUUCCGGUCAUUCCAACAAAGUGAAGUACAGAGGAUUUCUCACCGAAUGCAGCAAUCAACUUCGAUGAAAUAAAGCAUGAUUUGAGAAAAGAGUCCUAAUUUUCGAAGCACGUUUAACAUCCUGACCAAAAAAGAUCAAUGUGAGAUUGAAGUUGCACAAGAGUAAAAAUCCUACUUCAAGGCACAUGCUGACUUCACUGCGUCUUACGUCAUGGCGGCUGGAUUCGAAGUGCACCCUCACGAGACGUGUACUCGCGGCCAACGCUACAAGUUGUUGGCCUACGUUAUCUCCUUCUUUCUAUAUAUAUUGUAAUAUUUGGAUUAAUUUCAAAUUCAGUAGGACUAAAA